AUGCUCCCACCAAAGCCAAAGAGAGUUAAAAAGGCUCAGCCCAAGGCCAAGGCUACAGAUGCCGAGGCUGAGGAUGUUUUACCGAUUUCUAAACUGGCAGAAAGCAAAAAAUCAACCUCUACUUCCACCAAGAGGUCUGCUGAGGGCCAACCCUCUGGGUCCACACAAUCGAAGAAGGCGAGGUCAUCGUCCGCGACGACCUCGGCUUCAAAGAAGCCCGACGUCCCCUGGGCCCCUGAUCUAUCCCUAGAGGAUAGGCCCAUUAUGGCUAGUGAAAAUGCUGACGACAUUAACGUUGGUGUCGCCCUCAGCACUGCUCUUCUUCUUCCAAAUGACUUGGAGCGAAAUGCUAAGCUUAGUGAGGAAGCAUCUUCCAUGAAGAAAGAGAUCAAAUCCCUUGAAGCAAAAAUGAAAAAACUGGAGGAUCAAGCUGAGGCUGCAACUAAAGCUCAAACUCUAGCUCUUGAGAAGGCUGAAUCUGCUGAGGCCGUUAGAAAAGUUGCUGAGGCCGAGAAAAGAGAGGCCGAGCUUGAUCUCCCUGUUGACUCGCCCCUUCGGAAUGCUGAAGCCAUCCAUUUGCCAUUUCCUCCACCUCCACCUGAAGGUGAAUCAGAAUCUGAUGCUGAUGCCGAGGAUGAAGACAAGGAGGUCAAUGAAGAAGCCUUGCUUGAUCUCCCUGUUGACUCGCCCCUUCGGAAUGCUGAUGCCAUCCCUUUGCCAUUUCCUCCACCUCCACCUGAAGGUGGAUCAGAAUCUGAUGCUGAUACUGAGGAUGAAGAUAAAGAGGUCAAUGAAGAAGCCUUGGUGAGAAAGCCCAAGGAUGCCGUCGUAGCCAAGUCCCCUCCUCCUACUGAGCAGGUUAUGGACUUAACUUUGGAUGAGGGGGGGGAUGAGGCCAAGGAGGCAUCUAAGGAAACUGCUACUGGGCAGUUAUCGUCCAAUCUUCUCUUGAUAGAAAGAAGUGAAUAG